CCAAAGUAGGUAUACUAAACAUUUCCCUUGUUCCGAAAUCAAACAAAUUCCACAGUAUCUGAAAAUAUAGAAAAUACACAGAGUUUAAUAGUUUUACAAGGAGGAAUAGUACCUCAAAAUGAUGCAACCACAUAAGGUUCCCCACGAUUUGGAAACUGUCCACAGCGUCCAUUCUUUGCCAGAAUGCGCCAAGCUGCCUCUGGACCGCAUCGAUAUCAUAAGUCGCACUAUUAAGGGUCCCCCCUUGGAGAUCUUCGACUAUGACGAGCCCGUCAGCUUCUCCACAUUGGGGGAGGAGGAGGAACUGGGCCUGAGUUACCUUGAUUCGGAUACCGCAUCAGACGAUAAGACUCAAGGCCUUCUGAUGGUUCACGAUAUUGACUGUCUGAUCCGCCAGAUAGAACACAUGCAGUUGGCCAUCAAAAAACGGCAGAUGGAGGCGAGCACUGGCGGAACUGAGAGCGAGGAGGCUAAGUCGGAGAAUGAGCCCGAGGAGAUCCUCAACAAAUUGCAGCGCAAGUGCAGGAAGAUGGAGGAGAAACGACAGGAUAUGGAAAGUACCCCUGUCCAAUCCAAGGAGUCAAAGGUCAAGCAGCUGAGCUGUGAUGAGCAAAUAGAAGCACGCAAUUUGCGGCACGCCCACCACCGUCUCCAGUGUGAAAUAGACGAGAUUAUAUGCCAGUACCGGAAACUUCGCGAAGUCCUCACCCAGAUGCGUGGACAUCUCUGCACCAUGGAGCACACUUUGCGGAAGCUGACCAACAAAUCCGACGAGCUCCUGGAGUGGACUACGCAAGUAUCCGCGGAGCUGCAUGUGUGCAAGGAGCGGUACACCCACCUCCUCAGUGCCAAGAUCUCGAAGCGGGAAUCUGACGCCACGGGCCACAGGCACGCCAUUCGCUUCGCGAAACGCAAUGACGCCUAUUUGAGCAAAAAUCGGAUGAAGCGCGAACUGACGGAAUUUAAGGAGGAAGUCAACGAGUUGGUGGGCUUUAUGGGUGACCUGCACAAGGAGCUGGAGCGGAAUCUGUCCAUGUUUGGCCACAAACGAAAGAUAUCCGUCCAUGACAACUCUACCCACUUCCUUAUGACCAUAGCCGUGGCCGCAGGACUGGCAGAAAUGAUAAAUAUUUCAACGGGUCGUCAUGAUGAGUCUGAUUCUAAUAUAAUAUGA